UCCAAGUACCGUAUUCCUUGAACACGUCAAAAUGGCACCUACGCCUGCAAAGAAAAACUCUACCGACAAUAUGGCGCAGAAGAGUCUUAUGAACUUUUUUGCGAAACCUGGCCUGUCCACGUCGAGUUCAGUCGCAGCAACAAAGAAGACGACCAGUGCAACGCCAGCGCGAAAAAGCUCUGAGUCGAUAAAAACUUCUUCAGCCGCUAAAACAAAACCAACAUUCACUCCCAAGACACCAGACUCGAGGCCGUCUUCUGACAUCGACAUCGAUGCAGAGAGCGGCAAGGACACUCCGCCGACCUCGGACCCCAUUCCUAUAGAUGUUGACAUGUUAUCAGAUGAUGAGGACGCGUCGGUAAAGAAGAGCGCUAAUUCUUCUCCUUCACGUGGACGCGCAAAGAAACCGCGCAUAACGCCUACACCCUCGCUUCCUGCUUCGGACGAGGAUGAGGCCGAGGACGUAGAAGUGCGCUCGCAGUUCUCAUCGCGCUUGACCAAGUUCCGCAAAUCACCUACCAAAUCAUCCAAGAAGAAAUCGAAAACUUCUGAUGACGAUGACUUCAUUGUCCCUGAUUCUGACUCAGAGCACGAGCGUUCCUCCUCGCGCGCCUCCUCGCGUUCAAAGUCGUCCAAGUCUGCCGCGUCGGACGAUGGGUCUGGUGAGGAAUCGGAUGCUCCCGCAAAGAAGUCCGCGAAGCCAAAGCGUCAGCCCCUGAAGAAGAAGUCAGGAGCAGUCGGCGGUGAAACAGAAAGCUCAAGUGCACUGGGAGGAAGCGCCAUGUUCUUGACGAAGGCGGAGCAGCGCGCACAAGAGAAGAAGACCGAGAAAAAGGCUACCGAGGAUCCGUUCUUCUUUUUGGUCGACGUGCGGGAUAAAGAUGGCGUUCGCCCUGAUGAACCAGGAUAUGACCCGCGCACGCUGUACAUCCCGAAGAAAGCAUGGACAGACUUUACGCCAUUUGAGAAGCAGGUGCAGUUGAUCUUUUGUUUUACUUUGAAUGCUUUUGUGACAAAAUUCCUAGAGCUCUACGAAGACGAUGCGCGGAUCGGGCAUCGGGAGUUUGACUUGAAGCUCACUCAGCGCGUGAAGAUGUCCAUGGUCGGCGUACCUGAGACGAGCUUCAACUUUUGGGCUGCGGUAAGGUAUAAAGUCGGCCGUGUGGACCAAGCAGAGACUGCCCUUGGCGCUGAAAUGCGUCUUGCCAAGGACAAAGGUACGAAGGGCGCAGGCGGAAAAGACAAAGAAAAGAUCGUCCGUAGGGAGCUCAACAAAGUCUAUACAAACGGCACCCUCGUGGACGAGGACCUCCUCACGGAUGAGCAAGCAGGACAUUGUAUCUCCUUGCGCGAGUCCGCCGAAGGAAAGGAUGGCCUGAGCAGUUUCGGAGUCUGCGUGCUCGAUAGCGCCACGAGCCAGUUUAGCCUGAGUUCAUUCGAGGAUGAUGUGUGCACGACGAAGUUGGAGACCAUGAUGAGACAGCUGCGGCCAAAGGAAGUAGUAUUCACCAAGGGAAAUCUUUCAGUGCAAACGACGCGCCUGCUGAAGUCCAUUCUCCCUGGAUCUUGUUUGUGGACCAGUCUCAGAGACGUCGAAGGGUUUACUUACCCGCAGACAAUCACCGAACUGAACAAUAUGUUUUCUGAGGUUGAUGUUGGCGACGAUGAUGCGAUGGAUGAAGAUGCCGAGUUAUCGGGUGUUGUACCGCAGAGUAUUCGUGACAUGGCGAGUUAUCGUGAUGCGAUGGAGGCCCUGGGCGCACUGAUCUGGUACCUCCGUCAGUUGAACAUUGACAAGGACCUCCUUAGCAUGCGGAACUUUGAUGUCUAUGAUCCAAUGAAGAGAGGAAGCAGUGUUGUGCUAGAUGGGCAGACGCUUGCCCACGUUGAGGUUCUGCUCAAUAAUGAAGGUACAGAAGAUGGAUCGUUGCAUAAACUCCUGGGGAGAUGCAUCACGCCGUUUGCACCUCGCGUCAAUGUUGAUAAAUUCUUCCACAGCUUGGAUGCUGUGGAGGACCUCAUCUCCCACGCAACUUUCGAGCAAGAAUUUACGGAACUCGCAAAAGGACUCCCCGAUCUGGAGCGGAUCGUUUCCAGGAUUCAUGCAAAUAAUUGCAAGGUGAAAGAUUUUGUGAAGGUCCUGGCGGCCUUCAAGAAGCUUAGCCGCGGCCUCGCGAAGCUCGCCGACAGCUCUGAGUCAUUCGAUUCGAAGACGAUCCUCGGACUUUUGAGAUCAGCGCCGGAUCUGACACCCAAUCUGAAGAACGUAGAAUCGCGCUUUACUCUGGAUAAGGAAACAGAUGAGCUGCUCCCUGUUGCAGGCAAGGAUGAGGCGUAUGAUGAAGUCAUGUGUGAAAUUGAAGAGCUUGAGAAGAUGUUAGACGCGCAACUCAAGAAGUUUGAGAAAAAACUUGGGUACAAUCUAGUGUGGUGGCAUAGCGCUCAGGGGAACAAAGAAAUUUAUCUGGUUCAGACGAAGGCGAAGGAGACAGGGAUGCCUAAUGACUGGGUCAAGAGCGGCGGUACCAAGGCAGCUAACCGUUGGAUAGUGCCUUCCCUUCAACCUACCAUCCGAAGUCUCAAAGAAGCACGCGAGAACCGUUCAGCAGCGGUAAAGUCCUUCAAAGGACGUCUCUAUGCCGAAUUCGACACAGACCGAGGCACGUGGCUCCGCGCAGUGCGUGUCCUCGCCGAACUGGACUGUCUCUUCAGUCUCGCGAAAGCGUCUGUGGCGAUGGGCGAGCCAAGCUGUCGCCCUGAGUUCGUGGAAGGCGAUGCUGCCUUUUUCGAGUUUGAAGAGUUGAGACAUCCGACGCUAGCGAGUUUGCGAGAGGGCUUUGUUGCGAACGAUGUCAAAUUGGGCGGUGAUAUCGGCAGGAUUGCGCUAUUGACAGGUCCGAACAUGGGGUUAGUUAUGCGCAUGACAGCUACAGGUGUCAUCAUGGCGCAGUUGGGCAUGCUCGUUCCUGCCAAGUCAGCUCGACUUUGUCCGAUAGAUGCUAUUCUCACGCGGAUGGGUGCUUAUGAUAACAUGUUCUCCAAUUCAAGCACGUUCAAAGUUGAGCUGGACGAAGGCACUUCUACCUAUGAUGGAAUGGCAAUUGCUGGAGCGGUGCUUCACGAAAUUGCUACCCGCACCCUUCCACUAGCAUUCUUUGCAACACAUUAUGGCUCGCUCACCGAUGAUUUCGCCUACCAUCCAAACAUCAGAAACAUGCACAUGUCCACCAUGCUUGAUGACGAGAAACACGAGCUUGUUUUCCUGUACAAGUUAGUUGAUGGCGUCGCAUCGUCGUCCUUUGGUACGCAUGUAGCGAAGCUUGCAGGCGUGCCCGAGGAGGUGGUCAAACGCGCCGAAAUCGUUUCCGAUGAUUUCGCGAAGCAAUUCAAAGCCAAGAUUGACGACCGGAAAAAGAAGUCGCUGGCAUCCAGGCUACCUUUGGUCGCCCAAGCGGACUUUGCUUAUAUCCUAUCCCUUGCCAUGGGUAAUUUGAAACUGCCAGAUGAUCCGUUUAAGCAGCGAGAACUGCUCAAAGGACUGAAGCAGGCUGUGCGUUCGUAUGUCAGCUCGUAAUUGCGUUGUUCAUUGCUUUCGAUCAUUGCUUUCUCUAUACCUCCACUGAUAGAAUACACUGCCCGUACAUUACUUGACACCCAGCACCUCACCAUUGACAGUUCUCGUUGUGCAUUCACUUUGACAGAAAUUGCUAUGUAAUAUGAUCAAUCCUUUCAACCA